GGGAAUAGACUUAUACGUACAACCAAACAGAUUCGUCUUCUUCUGGUGCGGCAAGAAAUCGCCGGAGAAACUUCCGACCAACGUGUCGGAGCUGAUAAGAAAUAGUGUCAUGUCACAAAUUCAGAGAAUCUUCUCGAUCGAAUUGCCUUCACUGGUUCCUCUGCAACUUCCAUCUCGGAUGGAGACUCAUCUAUGGUAUGUUGUUCCAGAUGAAGUGAAAAGUAUAUCUCUUUUAAAACACUACUCUCAAAUUCUGUCACCAUCUGAGAAUGAUAAAGUUCUUCAGAUGCGAGGUAAUAAGCUUCAGAAGAAUGCUUUGCUUGCUCGCACAUUGGUUCGCACCACCAUUGCUAGAUAUCAGACAAACAAUGUGGUCGAUCCUAGGACCUUGAUAUUCAAGAAGAACAUGUAUGGGAAGCCUGAGGUAGAUUGGCAGAGUUAUAAGAACUGUGAUAGCCCACCAUUGCAUUUUAACAUCUCCCACACAGAUUCAUUGAUUUCCUGUGGAGUGACUGUACAUGUUCCUGUUGGUAUUGAUCUUGAAGAAAUGGAAAGGAAGAUAAAACAUGAUGUCUUAGCAUUAGCAGAAAGAUUUUACUCUGCUGAUGAAGUGAAGUUUUUGUCAGCUAUACCAGACCCGGAAGUUCAGCGAAAGGAGUUUAUUAAGUUAUGGACUCUUAAGGAAGCAUAUGUGAAAGCAUUAGGAAAAGGCUUCUCUGGUGCACCUUUUAAUACCUUCACAAUCCAGUCUAAGGCUGGAACAAAUGGAGGCUACAAUCUUUGCAAGUUUUUUUUUAGACUUUCAUCACACUCUGGAAUUGAAUAGGGUGCUUUUAUCAAAUGCGAUUAGUUGUUGCAUUGUACACUUUGUAAAAAUUUCCUUUGCAGUGUCUUUUUCAUUUCCUUUUAAGAAAAGGUUUUUGCAAGUAUAGUGUAUAAAUAGACAGUAGCGAUAUAAUUUUGAGACGCUUGAAUUGUUUUCUUUAGACAUCUGAAAUGUCUGUCGAUUCACAGGAGAAGACAAAGAAAUGCAACGGAGAAUGGAAGUUUGCCCUAUUGGAGUUGGCUGAUUCUCAUUAUGCUGCAAUCUGUAUUGAAGAUGAUCAAGCUAGUGGAGGUGCAGUUACAGUUGACAUAGGUCCUAUGAGGGUAAUUGUUCAUUUAGUGGUUUCUUCAUCACAACUUUGUCCUUCUUGCAGGAGCUCCUAUGAGGGUAAUUGUUCGGAAAACCAUCCCGUUUGUUGAAGAUGAACUUAUUUCUGAGAACAAAAAUCUUUAGUGCAGUGUAGCCUUUAAGUUCACCAUCAGAUUUUUUAACGAAGAUGGAGAGAAAGGAAAUGUGUACCAGUUUGGAGUGAUACUACUACAGCUCAUCACAGGCAAGUAGUGGCUGCAGGCUCUUCAGAGAUGGGAAGUUUGAAGCUUCAG